CUUGUCUUAAUGAAUCUGAUAGAGAUAUUUUAUUAGAUGAUGGUGUUGAUCUUCCUGACGCUCCUGAACCUUUAUUCAAUUAUCCAAGAUAUUUAAAGAAUCUUGAUCUUGGAUUACUUGAAGAUUUAAUUUUUAGUUGGCUUACCGCUGAUGGUCCAUUAGAACCUGAAGAAUUGAACCAAGUCGCUUCUGUAAUGUCAUUAAUCUGUAAACUUAUUAUCAACAACUCUGAUGGAUUAUAUAGCUUGGAAAUUGGCGAUUGGAAAGAAAAUUAUACAAUUCCAGAUAUUGCAAUAAUGAAAG